GAUGACUUGAUACUAUAAAAUAGAUUCUCAAGGUUUUCAUGCUCUGCCACAACCCAGUUUCAGAGUAGAACAAAAUAUUGCAUUUCAUUCCCAUUGUCUUUUGUGUUUUUCUCACAUACAACUUGAGACAUCAUGAUGAGGUACGGUGCUUCCAAUAAGGUUUAUCGUACUUGUCUUUUGGCAACUUCUAAAUUGUUCCACACCUCUUCUCAAGUCUCUCCACGUACAGUUACAACUUUGCUAAGCUCUGUCAACCCUAAAUUCCAGGGUCAUAAUGUUUCGAACUGUAAGAACAGUUUUCUUUCUCGAAGAAUAUACAUGUCAUCCGUUUCCUUGAAGGAGCAAGAAGGGCAUCAAGAAGGCAUCGAAUUUCAAUUGCUAAGAGCAGUUGAGGAUCAACAUGGGGGAGUUGUUGUAAACAUUGAUGAAACUAUGGAUACUUUGGUUUUUGCAUCUAUGUUGGAUGUUUCCUUAGCGCGUUGGAAGGAACAGGCAGGGUUUAGAUAUCACCAUGCUGAACCUGAUUACGUGAUGCUUGUGAAUUGGAUUUCUAAUGCUCCAAAUACAAUCCCUCCAAAUGCUUCCCAUCGUGUUGGUAUUGGUGCCUUUGUCAUGAAUAGCAACGGAGAGUUGCUUGUGGUUCAAGAGAGUAAUGGCAGAUUCAGUGGCAAAGGAAUAUGGAAGUUGCCAACUGGAGCGGUGAAUGAAUUCAAGAUUUGCCAAACAUUUUUCAAAAUCUUAACCCCAUUGUUUUUGUUCCAAUUUCAGAUAGAUACAGAGUUUGUUGAAGUUUUGGCAUUCAGGCAAAGCCAUCAAACUUUCUUUCAGAAAUCAGAUUUGUUCUUUGCUUGCUUGUUGCAACCUUACUCCUUUAAGAUUCAGAGGCAAGCGUCGGAAAUUGCUGCAGCUCAGUGGAUGGCAAUAGAGGAUUAUGUAGCCCAACCUUUUGUUCGAGAAAAUGAACUCUUUGACCUUCUCACAAAAAUAUGGUUGUCCAAGGUGGAUGAAAAAUACACUGGAUUUUCUACCAUACUUGCUAAGACAUCUAAGAGCAAGAAAUCCUAUCUCUAUUUCAACAAGAAGGAUGCCAGUUGCUUGCUAUCUUGACAAAUUCUUCUAGUUAUGUGACAUAAGAUUUGAAAGCCUGACUCAUUAUUCAUUAGUCUUCCGAAGACAUGAAAAAAGGAAGAAUAUUUUCAAUUUUUCGUUUGUUCAUUUUUCAAAAUCUUACAGAUUUGUUAGCUUAAUUCUUUGAUACAUAUAAUUGUACGUACAAGCUCAGCAGCUUCUGAUUAAAACAAUGGUUGCAAAAUAAUUUCUUGAAAUAAUAGUUUAAUUAAAUA